CUUCCUCGGUCGCAGCAGAUUGGAUGUUAGCAGCCGCUCAGUGGGCGGACCGGAGUGACGCACCGGGCAUUCUGCUGCCGCCCGGUGCGUGAAGGUGGAGCUACUGCUGUGAUAUACUACGAUCAUUACAGGGACUAUGAUUUUUCACAUGCCCAUGCACUCCAACCCAGUGCUGCAGAGAACGAGUCUGGCUGUGUGGAGAGCAUGGAGGACACUGAAGCUGAGACUCCACUCUUCUGUAGCUGGUGCAUCCUCUGGUCCCGGGUCCCUGGACAGAUCUGAGGAACUAUCUGUUGCUCCAAACAAAAACCCUCCUCACACACCUGUCAUGCUCAAGGAGGUGCUUCAUUACUUAGAUGUCCAGCCAGCUCAGGUGGUCCUGGACAUGACAUUUGGAGGUGGUGGUCAUACCGGAGCAAUAUUGAAUGCGGUUCCUGAAGCCACAGUUUUGGCCUUAGACCGAGAUCCGACAGCAAUUUCUCUGGCCCAGCAGUUAGCCAAGGAACACUCCGGUCGUGUGAAACCAUUGCUUGGCCGGUUCAGCGAGCUUGAAACCCUGCUGUCUGGCAUGGACAUUAAGCCAGGCAGCAUUGAUGCUGUCCUGUUGGAUGCUGGAUGUUCCUCCAUGCAGAUGGAUCAGGCAGAGAGAGGCUUUGCCCUCAGCAAGGAUGGACCCUUGGAUAUGAGAAUGGAUGGAGAGAGGUACCCCGACACCUGCGCUGCUGACGUUGUGAAUACCUUAGAUCAACAGGCUCUUGCAUCCAUCCUCACUGCAUAUGGGGAAGAACGACAACGCCAGAAAAUAGCUUCAGCCACUUGUGGAAGGCACGCACGAUGUCAACACCCAUCACCCCGGACACAGCAAGCUGGCGCAGCGUGGUAGGCAGGAUCGUUUCCUCCUGCUGUCAUCUAUGCACGUAAAGACCGACUCCACCGACCUGCACAUGUGGCCACAAAGACUUUUCAAGCUCUGCGAAUCUUUGUGAACGAUGAGCUGAACGAACUACAUUCAGGCCUCUGUGCUGCCCGGUCAGCACUGAAACCUGGAGGUCGUCUCUGCGUAAUCACCUUUCAUUCGCUAGAAGACCGACUGGUCAAACGUUUCCUGAAGGGAGAGGACUUGUCUAAUCUGGAUCAGUAUCAUUUCAUCCCGAGGAAGCAAAGCACCAGAAAGGAAAAAUGGGCAGGGGAAGAAAAACAUGUUAGAAGUUCCUAUUGGAUUCCUCGAAAAAAAGUGAUCACCCCAGAAAAAGACGAUGUACAGGAGAACGCUCGAGGACGCUCCGCUAAACUCAGGGCAGUGCUCAGACGUUAGCUGUGCAAUGUUUAUAAUGAGAAAAUGGAACUUCUCUUCUUUUUCAGCAAAACAUUUCAUGUCCUGACAAAUCUUAGCUCCUUUAAGCUCACAACAGGAGAGACCCAGAGUUUUAUACUGGUAGUGUUGCCUCUUAUUCAGUCUGCUGUCCAGUGGAUUUACUGUGUUUGUGGGUGGGAAGCCAGUGACUCUAUAAGAAAAAUAAUGAAUGUCACACCCCAUGUGUCCUCUCUCUGAGCCUCAUAUUUUACUCUAUUUUAUCACUGAGAGGUGAGGAUUAAUUACUGGCAACACUGUGUAUUGUGAAUAUGUCAGCAAAAAUUGCAAUGUACUCUAAGUAUGGUUAUUUAGAGAACAAAAAGUUAAACUUGAAAAGUCCACUCAUCGAUUUUUACUUCUGUCUCACAGCCUUCAUUCAGUAAAUCGAUCACACCAGGUCUCUGUGUUAUUUCAAUCUAUUAAGCAGACCUUUGAUGCAAAGUUACUUUAUUGCUACAUAUGUAUUUUUAGUGUUCAUUUUAAUAUUUUUGCUAAUAUCAAGAACAAACUUCCAGAUCUGGGAAGAAAAAGCAUAUCCAAUCUAGUAGGGCUGGACCCCAAUAUCCGAAUAUUCGCCUGAGUUAGUACACAGAAGACAGAAGCCAAAGACGGAGAUAUCCAUGCUACUGCUAUGCUAAUGCUGUUGAACUCCAAAGCAAGAUCAAGCUUCUUCUGCCGCCAAGUGGAUGGGGAGUGGGGUGAAGCGCAUUUUGAGACAUUCAGAUAAUUUUGAAUAUUCAGAUAUUCGUCAUUAAUUGGGCCUGAAUAUUUGGAGCCCAGAAACUGCUAUUUGGACCAGCCCUACAAUUAGAGACAGUCCUUUGUCUGAUCUUACCUGUUCAAACUCAAAUGGAGAGGCACCACAGUGAACACAAAAUAUUCUUGGUAAAAAAUUUUCUUUAUCAAAUAAAGCAUGUGAUUGUUUUA